CUGGCAACUUUCGUUUGACAGCGGCGUCGCCGCCGAAAGAACCUUCUUCGCAAGAGAGAGAGAGAGAGAAUCCACACGCAACGACGACAACAACAGAACGUCGUGUGAGCGAGAGGCCCGGCGGGAGCGCGUGCUGUUCUGGAGAGCAGCAGCAGCGAGAGAGCGAGCACAGUCUGUCAAGCCGCCGCGACGAGGAGAUUGCAGCAGCAGCAGCAGCUCAGUGUUCGAGCCAGAGUGGAGAAAAAGAAGCAAAUUUUUGGUUUGCGCGAGGAGGAUUUUUCGGCCGAUUUCGAACGGGAGGAUUCUGGCUGCGCCGUGUUCCGGCCUACUCUGUUUUGUUGUUACAAGCGCGGGACUUGGACCUGGAAGGCGAUGGAAAUUGUGCAAAUUCUGUAGAGAAAAGCAAGUUGAAAAGCCCCGAAAAAAGAGACAAGCCCGUGCGUGCAGAGUUCCCCCGCCGGGAAUGGUUACCAAGAUGUAACUGAGCAAACCGCGCGUGGUUCCCAUCCCAGCAAGCAAAGAGAGCUCCAAGUUCGAGCAUCAGCAUCCCCAGCAUCCAAUCCGUAAACGAUGCCAUCGCUGUUGGCCUAACCUGUGUGUUGUGGCCAAAUCUCAUCCCUGAUUGUGAUUCGCGGUGUUCCUUAGGCCACCAGCCCCGGUUUAUAUUAAAAGUCCAAAGUCGAAAGCUGCCGUUUUUACCCACACAAAGACAGCUCGUUUGUUCUUCCCCCCGGAUGCUGUUAGAAUUAUUGUUUUAAAACGGGAAUAUUUAUUUAUUUAUUCUUUAUUUAUUUGCCGCACUCGGCACGAUCCCCCUCCCUCGUCGUCGUCGUCGUAUCUUCCUACCCCGUUUAAGUAAAAGACUUGGCGAAUCGUCAAUGGUCGCCGCUCGGAGCGUUUGUCCGUAAAUUGCACGUAGGAGCAAGUUAGAAGAGGAAAAUCACAAAGAUACAAGACAAGCUUAAUGUCUACGAAGAAAAUGCAUCCACCGGCUGUGAUACACCCGACGACCGGUCAAACCGGUGGCAAGGGAAGUCUGCUGCCCGUGGCCUGCGGUAAAACAACGGCCAAGGAUCGCCAGAACGUGGAGAACAUUGUUCCGUCCCAGAAUGGAACCCCCAACAGCGCAGCUGGCGGAGGUGGCGCUGAACCACAACCGAACGUCCCGCAGAACACGGUCGCUGCCAAGAAAGCCGCACCAAUCGCCACCAAAACCGCCGUGGCUCCAGCGGUGAACCCCGCGGUCCAAAGCCGCCGCAAGAACCACCGCCACAGCAACAUGUCCCCGAGCAGGAAGCGCCAGGAGCAGCAGUCGAUCUUCAACAACCUGCGGGCGUGGAACGUCAACAUUGUCACCAGUGGCGGCGGCGGCGGCGUUGCUCCCCAGGAGAAACGUCCUGCUCCGGUGACGAGUUCCAACGAAGCGAAGGCAGCAGCACCGGUCGCCACUCAAACGGACAAGUCGUCGUCAACGGGGGUCAACGGAACGGCGACUAGCAGCAGCAGCAGCAGCAGCAAUACUAGCAGUAGUAGUAGUAUUAGUAACGUUACUAGCAGUAAUAGUAUUAGUGGUAGUGUUAAGGCAAAGAAGCAACAGUCGCAACUGAUGGCCGCGGUGACGGUUCCGGUGGCGGCCACUGUGAAGGUUGAGCAGCAGAAGAAGGUCGAAGUGGGGGUCGCGACGGAAAGUCAACCGGUAACAGCCAGCAAGAAGGACGCUGCACCGAGUUCCGUGGGAUCGUCUACAGCAUGCGAAGCCGCUGCGGCAGGCAAAGCAGACGGGAAGACGGCAGGAACGGGUUCGAAGACUGCUGGUGCAGUAGCGGCGACGGCGAUCAAGGAUGAAAGGAAGCUGCUGAACGGCGGUACCAACGGUUUCGGAGGCCGUCAAUCUCUGGCGAUUCCUCCACCGCCGCCGCCGUCGUCAUCCCUCACCGCACCACCACCAUCGUCAUUGUCUGCGUCCGCCGUCGGGUCCGGGUCAUCAUUGUUGCAUCCGUCAUCAUCAUCGUCGAUUCCGGUGGUGUCCUCGACCGGGUCCGGAAGUUGUAGUAGCUCGAAGCAUAACAGCAGCAGCAGUAGCCGGGCGUCCAACGCCGGCAAGGUGCUGCUCCCGAAUGUGAACCCGCUGGACCAGUUUGCGGUGCUGCAGGGCAAGCUGCGGAACUCUAUGUCGGCACCGCCGCCGCCGACCCAGCAAUCCCAUCACAACAUCCCUCAUCAUCCACAUUCCUCCGUCGCUCACAACCAUCAGCAGCAGUCGCAGCAGCAGCAGCAGCAGCAAUCGAUUCCAUCCACAACCACCACAUCUCCGCAGUACAGUUUGGACUUUUUGCACUAUGUGGGCAUGCGAAUGUCUGGAAGUGGUGGAACGACGCCGCAAUCGACGGCGACCGCGGCCGCCCAGGCUGCGGCGCUGUUCCGUGGCAAUCCCCAUUUUAACUAUAGCAAUUUCAAUCAACAACUGCACCCACAGCAACCCUCACAGCAGCAGCAGCAGCAACAUCACCUGCAGAGGCAUUUCGCCGGCUAUUACGAGGAGAUGAUGGUUCCGGCAGGUGCCACUGGUGGGGGCGAUGCUGCAGCGUUGUACAAUGGUGCCGCCGGUUAUCCGGGGGCAGAUCAUUUGGUAAAUGGUGUGACAGCGGCAGCUGGAAAUGGUGGCGCUGGAGAUUCUAUGGCCUAUUGCUAUUCGCAGAAUCAUCAGCACAACCAUCACGCGCAUCAGCACCAGCACAAUCACCCACCGCAUCAGCAGCAGCAACAGCAGCAGCCAACGUCCGGGUACGGUAACGGAGGUUUCCACCAGAACAACAACUACCAGCAGCACAACCGGAACUACGGAGGCGGCCGGGGUGGUCAAUCCAAUGGUGGAAAUAUGCAAGGCAGAAAGACCUGGAACAACAACAACAACAGCUGGCACGGUAAACGGUCCAACAUGAUGCAGGGUGGCAAGUUUGGUGGCGUCGGCGGCAUCAAAGGUCCCAACAUGAGCCACGGAGGCUACCGCAAGAGUUAUCACUAUUACAACAACAACAACAGCAACCAUCAUCAUCACCACACGAACGGCCACCACCACGAUUCGCACCAGCAGCAGCAUCAGGACCAAAUGCGGAAUCUGGUGUACAUCCGAGGGUACGAUCGUGGGCAAGGGGCUGCCAGCAGUAGUCAGGAGAGCACGAGCCGAUCGCCAACGCCAAGUCCACAGUCGGAAAGUCCGGCGAUCGAUACGGCAAGCGAGGUCGUGAAAACGAGUUGCAAUCCAGCCGGAAGCAGCGGAUCUUCUGUGCAGGAUGAAAAGUCCGACAGUGGCAUCGAGGACGGAGCUGCGACGCUGAAAAAGUCCGGUGCCAUUCCCAGCUCGUCGUCGUCUUCCUCGUCGGUGGUGUCGAUCCCGUCGACGGACUCUUCGGCUAUUUCCUCGGCGGCGUCACAAAAUCUUAGUCUUGAACUGAACGGUGCAACCGGCCAGGGUUACGAGUCGGAUUCGUCACAUUCCUCCAGCUACAACAGUCACACCUAUCGCCACAGGAAGUACGCCAACGGAGGGCAGGUUUACCGAUCCUCCUCGUCGACGUCCUCCGGUGUCUCAUCUACUGCCACUUUCCCGCCGUUGGUCGUGGACUUUGCGAUGCAAACGUCCUCCGCCUCGGCUGUCAACACUCCGACAGCGUCAGCGACCUCUCAACAGGUGGCGGACUUUUUCCUGCGCAGUCAAAGCUACCACGGCUCGCACCAGAACCUUACGACCGUGAGUGGAAGUGCCAGUCCAAACCCGCCAGAUUCGCCCGUCGGAGCAGCACGACCGUUGGUUGGCACCCAGUCUAUGCCAAUGUUCAGCGAGCUGUUUACCGGCCAGCAGCACCACAACCAUCACCAGCAGCAGAACCAGCAACGAACCCAUCCGAAUUCGUCCUACGGCAGCAACAGCUCACUGGACUCGACGCUGCAGAACGUGGUAGGAGGCACGCCGGCGUCCGCGUCGGCCAGCUCCAACAACAGCAACUGCAGCAUCGUGAGCACAACCAGCAGCAGCGGAUACGGCAGUGCGCCGGCGUCCACGGUGCCGCCCAACGAGGCCUACUCGAUGCAGAGCGGACAUCCGAGAAGACGAUUUUCCGGUCGCUCGUCACCUGCUCCGUACACGGAACAAUCCCACAAACCGAACCGUUCCUCGUUUGGAGGAUCCAACACCGCCGUCAACAGCGCUAGUCAGCAACCGCCCAGUCCACCGUCGCAUAACCGCAAGGGUCAACAACCCGCGUGGAGUACGCACCGCCCCGUAACGGUACCGACGUCAGCAACGACAACAACAACAACCGCCAUACCUCCAGCGCCCCAGGUUCCACCACCGUCAACGUCGGUCCCACCGCCGUCCAACAACCUGCCACUGCUCCAUCCGAUCGAUGGCACCAACUACCACACGCCCGCCGAUCGCUUCCUGGCCCGGUCACACCUCGUGGAGCUGCUCGCCCCGCCCGAGGACUUGGCCCCGGCCGGAAGCAAGUGGGCCGCCCUGUCCAGUGCCGUGUGGGACAAGUUUGCCGCCACGCAGCAGACGCAGCACAAGUUCGUCCAGAAGAUUCAACUGUGGCGGUACCUGUUUAUGUGCAUCCGCAAGGCCUUCCCGCGGUUCAGCCUGUACCUGGUCGGCAGCACCAUCUCCGGGUUCGCGUCCGACAACUCCGACGUGGACAUGUGCCUGGUGUGCCGCGCCAACACGAUCCCGUUCGACAUGCGCGGCGAGGCGCUGUUCCAGCUCGGUCAGCUCAAGAACUACUUCAUGAACAUCAACACGUACUUUGAGGAGUUUAGCGUGAUCCAGGCGAAGGUGCCCAUCCUGCGGUUCCGCGACUCCACCAACUGCAUCGUGGUCGACCUCAACUACAACAACUGCGUCGGCAUCCGGAACACGCACCUGCUGUACUGCUACUCGCAACUGGACUGGCGGCUGCGACCGCUCACGCUCGUUGUCAAGCUGUGGGCCCAGCACCACAACAUCAACGACGCCAAGAACAUGACCAUCUCGAGCUACUCGCUGGUGCUGAUGGUGAUCCACUUUUUGCAGUACGGCGUCAGCCCGCCGAUUCUGCCCUGCCUGCACGCGAUGUACCCGGACAAGUUUGUGGAUUGUCCCACCUUGCAGCGCAUGUCGGACAUUAGCAACCUGGACCUGACGGAGACGAUGGAACCGUACAAGAACGAGAACGCGCAGUCGCUGGGGGAGCUGUUUAUGCAGUUUCUGGAGUAUUACGCCAACUUUGAUUACACCCAGUACGCCAUCUCGGUGCGCACGGCGUCGGUCAUCCCGAUCGAGAGUGCCCGCGUGGCUCGGAGCUACAAGAACGACCCGCACCACUGGCGGCAGCUGUGCAUUGAAGAACCGUUCGAUCUCACCAACACGGCCCGCUCCGUGUUCGACGCGGACAUUUUCGAGCAGAUCAAGUCCGUUUUCUCGACGAGCUGGCGCCGGCUCAAGGACACCAACGAUCUCGGCUCGAUCUUCGAGUGCGACCCGCUGUUUGUCCCGGUCGCCUCGACGCUCUCCAUCACGUCAUGAUCGCUCGAGGAGGCACGCACAGUCGACGCGUUCCGGUGGUGGUUCCGGAACGGCAGUUUUGCCACCGCUGCGGCGGCGGCGGGUUAAAGGCGGACGGGGGGAAACGAGGGUGAGCUACAACAAGACUGACUUACUAUAAGUUGAAACAUAAAAAAAAACAAAAUAAUAAAAAAAAACACGCGCGGCGGUGUUGCGAUCUGAGGACAGACACAUAUCAGACGGGCGUCGGUGUCAGAGCUGGAACGUACUUUAGCUACAAGCAAUGCAUUAAACAGUCAAAAAUCAGCAGCGGCAGAAAUGUGUUCAUUUUAUCGCCAGUCAAACAAAUGUUCGUGUGGACGAGGACGAAUUGUGCGUGUGUGCGUGCGUGCGCGGAGCGAAAGUCACUAGAGUUUUAAGGAGCAAGGCCACUUCGCGCGGGGAGGGAGGUCCUCGCGCGGCCGUCAUGAAAUGAUCUCGUUUAAUUAUUACGUUUUUUCGUGCCAUCGGUUUUUUGUUGUUCUUUUUUGUACAUUUAAGAGAGGGAGAGGAGAAGUCGGCGAAAAGUGCUCAAUGCGAAGGGGACCAACGGACAGAAAAAAAAUGGUUUAAAAAUGCUUCACCUAACAAAAACAAACAAAAAAACGAAUCUUCCCUCGCAUAGUAGCGGCGCGUCCGCGCCCCAAGAAGUAGCAGUCCGGAGGAUAAUCCUGUGUACAGCCAACGUAACGGUAUAUUUUUUGUCUCGUAGUAUUAGCUCUCCUGAUCUUGGUAGAUGUGAAAUCAAAUACUCUUUCUAGUAGCUAGAGCAAGGCUUUACAAAGCAAGGACUAAACAAAAACGGAAACUGAAAGAUCCUAUAGUAAUAUAUAGCAAAAACAAAACAAAACAAAGCAAAAAAACUCAAAAAAACACACACUAGCAGUCAAAGUAAGGAGAAAGUUGCGCGCGAUACAAUAAUAAUACUUGAGAAAACGGCUAAAGACAAAGACAAAGUUUGAAAACACGAAAUGAAUACACCUUUUUAAGGAUUCAUUUUUAAAACAAGAAAAUAUUUCUAUUAAAAAUGUAAAAAAAACACGGCUGUGAAAAUUAAGAAAUUUAAAUUAUUAUUACACAAAAACAAAAAAAAAGAGUGAAGCAAAACUUAAGGAAACUAAUUAAAGAUAUAUUUUUAGAUUUAAUUUAUAUGAAGAGCAAAGGGAAGAGAGAGGAGAGGCAAGGCAAGAAGGAAGCGAUGCAGAGAGGAAAGGGAAGCGUAGUGAAGAAAGCGAAGAAGAAAACCAAGGAAAACCAACAAAAAAGUAUUAAAAUACUGCAAAAAGUCAAAAAAAGUAAAAAACAGAAAAAAUGCUAGGACGAGAGAGUGCCACAAGCGGCGCAAAGUGAAGCGAAAAGUUUGAGACAUUCAGGAGAUUUCUUUUCCCCACCGCGCUCGCGCGCGUGUGUGUAUCUUGUGCUCUAGUGGCAAACUCGAAUCUUGCAAACCAAAAAAAGCAAUAAGAAAACAAAAGAAGCAAAAAAAAGAAACAAAGAAGAAGAUCACAAACAAUCUAGGAAGAUGCGUUUUGUUUGAUAAAAGGGCGAAUUCAAUCUCAGUUUUUUUGUUAACACAUCCAUCACACAGGUUGGAAUAGAGAGGAAAGAGCAAUGCAGGAUGGGCAGCAGCAGGUUAGACAGAGGAGAGAAAGAGAACAAAAAUAAGCGUUAGCUUGCUCCGAGUGAAGAAAUUUUCUUUUUUUAUUAUUGUUUGUUCGUCGAUAAACAUGCUGGAGUUUAGGCAAUCAUUUCCAAAAACAAAAACCACGAUCAUUUCCACGUUUGCCCAAUUUUGUUUGUAUUUCCCUUUUCCAAGGGGUUCCACACACCCACCCAAAUGUAAAUUAGCGUUAGAAUGCCAGGUUUAUUUCAAGUGAAGAAGGUUCAAAAGUCUUGUAAACAGAAAGCAAAAAAAAAGUUUAAAACACCAUCACGAAAAGAUACAGAAA